GCGCGUUCGGUUGUAUGUUUACUCGUGUUUGGACCCGCAUCACCUCCAUUGGCCGCUCUGGUCACAUGGUUCGCUAACUUUAUUCAGUUGACACCAAGUAGGAGGGCUCUAUGGAGGAGAGGAAAAAAAGACAACUCGAGAAAAAUUAGUAUUUUCUACCUUCAGAAAUUAAUGGCCAUGAGUUCGUAUAUGGUGAACUCUAAGUAUGUGGAUCCCAAAUUUCCUCCCUGCGAGGAAUACUCGCAGAAUAACUACAUACCUGAGCAGGGCUCGGACUUCUACAGCCCGGCGCAGGACGCGGACUUCCAACACCCAGGGAUCCUCUACCCGCGGUCAAACUACACAGAGCAGCCGUUUAGCUGCAGCACUGUGCCGGACUCCGCGGUGCAGCCACGAGGUCAAGCCGGCCACACUGCCCACUUUGACGCACAGACUGAGCAGGGCCCCCCGGUCCAAACGGCCGGACCUCGGACUUGUGGGCAGCAGCAAAACGCAAAGAGUCAAAAUGGGCUCCAAGCCAAGCAACCUGCAGUAGUUUACCCCUGGAUGAAGAAAGUUCACGUAACUACCGUGAACCCGGACUACACGGGAUCAGAGCCCAAGCGCUCCAGAACCGCAUAUACCCGGCAGCAGGUCCUGGAGCUGGAGAAAGAGUUCCACUUCAACCGGUACCUGACCAGGCGGCGGCGGAUCGAGAUCGCCCACACACUCUGUCUGUCCGAGAGGCAGAUCAAAAUCUGGUUCCAGAACAGGAGGAUGAAGUGGAAGAAGGACCACAAGCUGCCCAACACCAAAGGCAGAUCGGCGCCGGCCUCCGGCCAUCUGCAGAACAUUCAAAAGGACAACCAGACUGAUAUAACAGCGCUAUAAAGGACAGAGGUGGAGGAUUCAGGACGAAUAUUUGUACAUAAACGAAGACAAAGGCUGCAUUUUGACUUCUGCAUGGACUGAUGUCGUUUGAGCAUUAUUUUUUAAUUUAACAAAAAAUAUCCCAGCAACUUUGACUCAAGACUGUGUCAGAAAAUCAAUCAUUUGGUAUUACUGAGAGGUUUCAACUUUUUUUUUUUUUUUUUUGCAUUUUAGUUUUUUUUAAUUUUGUUUUAUUGAUUUCCUCACAGCCAUGAAAACAAUUUUUUUCUUUUUCUGCACAUUUCUUUGAAUAUAAAAACCCGUUCACAUUCACGAAUUUAAACCUUUUUUCCCCUCUCACGUCAAUAUUACGUUGCCAUAUAUAUAUUUUAUUUUAUUAUAAUGCAGCAAUGAGGCAAAUAGAUAAAAAUUCCACAUAUUUUGUUUCACUUUUUUCAUCCACGAAAACGCACAACUUAGGUACUUGAAGCAAACGAUAUUUACAUAAACACUCAUUGACCUUUCCUUGCAAAAAAGCAACUUUCUUUUCGUAACUUGUUUGUUUUAACUUAUUUUGUAAAAAAUGUUCGUAGCUCGUAUAUUAUUCUCAGACCUAAGACAUUCCUGCGCGUGAAGGAUUCCGAGUGCCCUUAUAAAUCUCUCCUGACACCUUUGUAAACAGUGUACAUUUUCAGAAAACUCUCACAUGAAAGAUCAUUUGUUCUUGCAUGGCACCAAAUCUGUAUUUCUUUCUGAGCAUAUUCCCAAAUCCUGAAUAUUUAGGAAUAUAUAUCUAUGUUUUCCUUGAUAAUUCGUUAUUUAUUUGAUAACAUUUUUUUUUACAUUUUCGCGUAGCACACACUUUCAUUAAAAACA